CUGGUUUGAGACUUGGCAGUUUCUUCUGCUUCUUAUUAUUCGCACUACGUCAGCUCAACAGAAAUUUCCAUAUAAAAGCGGGCAGCAUCGGCAGCGUAAGUUUAGUCGCUUUGGAACUUUACCUGCUAACUGUCGCUCCACGUUACACGUUCGUCGCCUAAGUCUUUCGUUCUAUCUGUGUAUAGAGAAAAUCAUCAUCAUGAAGUACGCAAUUAUCGCUCUCGCCCUUUUCGCCGUCGUGCACGCCGCUUCCGAGGUGGGUCAGUUUGUACCACGCGCCAUUUACACCCUGGACUCUGAGGGACAUCAGUCGGAGGUGCAUCCCGUGAGUGCCCGCUUGCUGCGUCGUCUGCGCCGUCAGGUGUUCACUUCAUCGUCCUCGUCGUCCUCGUCGUCAUCGAGCUCCAAUGGUAUUCAGCAAACUGUUACACAGAAUUCGGUCACAAAUCCCGAUGGCUCCACAACUUUCCAGGCCACCUCACACCAGUAUCAAAAUCCUGUUCUCGCCUCACGUUUCGGCGAAGAUUCACCAACUAGCGGAGUGAGCAGCUUGCAGUCGAGUGGAUCCGUAGCGGGUAACACCGCCCAAUAUUCCACUGGCCAAUACGCCUCUGGCCAAUUCGCCAAUAAUGCUCAAUACUCCAACAACGGUCAAUAUGCUAACAAUGGUCAGUACAAUAAUGGUCAGUACGAUAAUGGUCAGUACAACAAUGGCCAGUACGCCAACAACGGCCAGUUCUCGAGCGGUAACACAGCCAGCAUUGCCAGCGGAGUGCCACAGCAUCAGUUCACCGCCUUGGCGGGCACAAUCGAUGCUGCCGGCAACAUCAAGCAGCAGUUGACGCAAGGUUACACCGACAGCAACGGUCAAUUGGUGCAGAAGCAAACUACAACGACUAACUAAGCCUACUUACUACAUAAUCUAGCCUUAAGGCCUCUCUGGUCAAUUUGAAGUGUAAUAAGAAUUCCAUUUCACAAAAAAAAAA